AUGGCCAGCAGCCCAUCAGAUCUGGUCAUGGGGAAGGUGUGGAAGAAAUACUUCUUGCUGAGGUACACACCAAAGAGGAUGGCUCGGGUGGCUGUGGAGAUGAGAGCAGGGCAGGUGCUGCUUGUGCUGUUGGCUGCCUCAGCAGUGAUGCCUGCAAAGGACCCGUUGCUGAAUGUCUGUAUGGAUGCCAAACACCACAAAACCAAGCCUGGCCCAGAAGGGACGUUGCAUGGCCAGUGUGCUCCCUGGAAGGACAAUGCCUGCUGCACAGCCAACACGAGUUCAGAAGCCCACAAGGACCAGUCUUACCUGUACAACUUCAACUGGAACCAUUGUGGGGUGAUGCCAUCCAAGUGCAAACGCCACUUUAUCCAGGAUACGUGCUUGUAUGAGUGCUCACCCAACCUGGGACCCUGGAUUGACCAGGUUGACAGCAGCUGGCGUCGGGAGAGGAUUCUCCAUGUGCCACUCUGCAAAGAGGACUGUGAGGAGUGGUGGGAGGACUGCAAGGACUAUGUCACAUGCAAAGACAACUGGCACAAGGGCUGGAACUGGGCAACAGGAACAAACCGCUGUCCUUGGGGCUCCAUAUGCAGGCCCUUCACCCAAGUGUUCCCUCAGCCAAAAGACCUGUGUGAGAAGAUCUGGUCCAACUCCUACAAAUAUACCACAGAGCGUCGGGGCAGUGGACGCUGCAUCCAGAUGUGGUUUGACCCUGCCCGGGGGAACCCCAAUGUGGUUGUGGCAAAGUACUAUGCUUGGAAGAAGAGAUCCUCUCCUGUGGGGAUGGAGAAUGUGACUCCUGAGGCUGGUAAAGCUGUGUGUGCACUGCCAUGGCCUGUCCUGGUCCUGCUGCCUCUGGCCCUGGUGUUGCUCCCUGAGAGAGUGAGGAGCUGUGGGCCCCAUGCACGGGGGUCUCUGUGA